AGGGGACAACAGGAGAGGAAGAGCUCCUAACUCUCUCUCUGGGGAACAGCAGCUCUAACAGCAGAAAACUUUAAUCUCACGCACAGAUAAGACACUUGGGAAGAAAACAGAGGACAGCAGCUCCAACAGGAGUAAACUUUAGGCACACGCACAGGAACAAGCCCUGGGAGGAAAACACUUUUUGGGGAGGGUUUGUGGCAAUCUUAUGUGGGUUUUCUUGUGUUUUUAAUUUUAAACUUAAAAGCACUUGUGUGAUAUUGAGAUACUGCAAAAAGCCACGAUGUUUGCCGUGCACUUGUUGUCUUUUUACUUCACCAAGCUACAGGAGGAUCAGAUCAAAAAGGUGGACCGGUUCCUAUAUGCCAUGCGUCUGUCUGAUGAACAGCUCCUGAACAUUAAGUCUCGAUUCUGUGCGGAGAUGGAGAAAGGCCUGUCUAAAGAGAGCAACGUAGCAGCUACAGUCAAAAUGCUACCCACACACGUCCGCUCCACUCCUGAUGGCUCAGAAAAGGGUGAGUUCCUGGCACUAGAUCUCGGGGGUUCCAAGUUCAAAGUCCUGCAGGUGAAGGUGUCUGAGGAUGGGAAAAGGAAAGUGCAGAUGGAGAGCGAGACUUUUCCAGUUCCUGAGGAAAUCCUCAAUGGGAGAGGAACGGAUCUUUUUGAUCACGUGGCAGAGUCUUUAAAAACCUUCAUGCAGAAGAACAACAUCAAUCAGAAGAAAAAGCCACUGGGCUUCACCUUCUCCUUCCCCUGUCUCCAGUCUAAACUUGAUGAGGGCAUGUUGCUCUCAUGGUCAAAGAACUACAAGGCCAGAGGUGUUAAAGGUACCAACGUUGUACAGUUACUGAGGCAGGCCAUCAACAACGUUGGGGGAAUUGAUGUGGAUGUUCUGGCGCUGGUCAAUGACACUGUGGGGACCAUGAUGACUUGUGGAUAUGAUGACCAGCAUUGUGAGGUCGGAGUCAUCAUAGGUACGGGCACUAACGCAUGCUACAUGGAGGAGAUGAGACACAUUGACCUCGUGGAGGGAGAUGAGGGCAGGAUGUGCAUCAAUACAGAGUGGGGAGCGUUUGGAGAUGAUGGGGCGCUUGAUGAUUUCAUUACAAGUUUUGACCAGGAAAUUGAUGCAGCCUCCAUCAACCCUGGAAAACAACUGUUUGAGAAGAUGGUGAGUGGGAUGCACAUGGGAGAACUGGUGAGGCUUAUCCUGUUGAAAAUGGCUAAACGUGGCCUGCUUUUUAAAGGAAAAGUCUCAGAUGCUCUUCGCACUAAAGGGAGGUUUCAAACUAAGCACGUCUGCAUGAUAGAAGAGUACAAAGACGGGCUGAAGAACACUAAGGACAUCCUUACAGAGCUAGGUCUCAGUCCUACAGAGGACGACUGCAUUGCUGUCCAGCAUGUUUGCACCAUUGUGUCCUUCAGGUCAGCUAACCUGUGCGCUGCUACGCUGGCUGCCAUCCUCACACGCAUCCGGGAGAACAAGAAGCUAAAGACACUAAGGACCACAGUUGGAGUGGAUGGAACAGUUUACCGCAUUCAUCCCCAGUAUGCAAAGAGGCUCCAUAAAGUAGUACGACGCCUGGUGCCUGAAUGCCAUGUCCGUUUUGUGUUGUCGGAGAGUGGCAGUGGUAAAGGGGCAGCCAUGGUGACUGCAGUUGCUCAACGCCUAGCAUCACAGCGCAAAGAGAUUGACAACACACUAGCAGAAUUUACCCUUAGCCACACACAACUCCAACAGGUUAAAGAUAAGAUGCGAGUUGAGUUGGAGCGUGGUCUCAGAAAGGACUCUCAUGGAUCUGCCUCCGUCAAAAUGCUGCCCUCGUAUGUUUACAGGACUCCAGAUGGCACAGAGAGAGGAAAAUUCCUGGCCUUGGACCUGGGUGGAACAAACUUCAGAGUGUUGGUGGUGAAGAUCCGUACUGGAAUUCGCAAAUCUGUCCGCAUGUAUAACAAGAUCUAUGCCAUCCCACUAGAAAUCAUGCAGGGCACUGGAGAGGAGCUCUUUGAUCACAUAGUGCAUUGUAUCUCAGAUUUCCUGGACUACAUGGGGAUGAAAAACACCUGUCUGCCUCUUGGCUUCACCUUCUCAUUUCCAUGCAGACAGAAUGGAAUUGAUAAGGGAAUCUUGGUGAGCUGGACAAAAGGCUUCAAAGCUACUCAUUGUGAGGGGAAUGAUGUGGUGGACAUGUUGAGAGAGGCCAUUAAGAGACGAAAUGAAUUUGACCUUGAUAUUGUUGCUGUGGUAAACGAUACGGUUGGCACGAUGAUGACGUGUGCAUAUGAAGAUCCUAAUUGUGAAAUUGGACUAAUUGCUGGAACCGGCAGCAAUGUUUGCUACAUGGAACACAUGAAGAACAUUGAAACAGUGGAUGGGGAUGAGGGGCACAUGUGUGUGAACACUGAGUGGGGUGGUUUUGGGGAUAACGACAACAUUGAGGAUAUCCGGACACGGUUUGAUCGGGAGGUGGACAGCGGCUCCCUCAAUGUAGGAAAACAGAGGUUUGAGAAGAUGACCAGUGGAAUGUACCUGGGAGAAAUUGUCAGGCAGAUUCUCAUAGAUCUCACCAAACGGGGUCUUUUGUUUCGUGGCCACAUUACAGAGUGUCUUAAGACAAGAGGCAUCUUUGAAACCAAGUUUCUCUCACAGAUUGAAAGUGACCGGCUGGCGCUACUGCAAGUCAGAACUAUUCUGCAGAAUUUGGGUCUGAACAGCACGUGCAAUGACAGUAUCAUCGUUAAGGAAGUGUGUGGUGUUGUGUCACACCGAGCUGCACAGCUUUGCGGCGCAGGAAUGGCCGCUAUUGUGGACAAAAUCAGGGAGAACCGAGGACUGGACCAUCUGGAUAUCACUGUGGGGGUGGAUGGCACGCUUUACAAACUCCAUCCACACUUCUCGAGAAUUCUGAAAGACACAGUGAAAGAACUUGCCCCCGAGUGUGAGGUGGAUUUCGUCCUGUCUGAGGAUGGCAGUGGGAAGGGAGCAGCACUUAUUACAGCUGUGGCUCGUCAGUAUUGUAAGAAGACAUAACCAUGCUGAAGGGCAUUGCAUUCUUUUUCCAGCAGAUUAUAUACUGGGAGAUGUUAUUCAUCUGUAGCUGGAAAUUAACAGCAAAGGCACCUGGGAGCUAUCCAGCUGCAUAUAAUAAAUUUAGACAAAUAGACCUCAUCAAGAAGCUAAAAUGGUUUCUAGAUCUUAGGAGUUUUGUUGGAUAUGAUUACAAGUACUGGAUAGAACUUUGAUUAGAAGAUUCCUGUUCAUUUAUUUUGGCUGUGUAUCAUUUUAAUGAUUAAUAACAAAGUAUGAACCAGGGCAUAUAAAACAGAAGCUGUUAACCCUCUGUCUGCAGAAUCAUCACUCAGACUAUGUUCUACUUCUUGCAAUUUCAUCUCAGGUUGUCAGCUGUGCAGCUGAUUUGACUACUGUCACACACUGACUCUUCCCCCUUCCCCCCUUCCACUCAAUCAUGUGAGUGAGCAGGUUUGCAUGGGCAGGCAGAGAGAAUAGCACGAAUAAGGCUCAUCUAGAGCGGAAAGUGGCUUUGUAUACUGGAAUGCCACAAGUGUAUUUAGACUAGUCAAGAACAGGCUCUCAUCCACAAGAUGUGCAGUGAAUUUAAAAAAUAUAUAUACACACUACCAGUCAGAAGUUUGGAGAUACUCGACUGAAAUGUUUCUCAUGAUCUUAAAAACCUUUUGAUCUGAAGGUGUGCGAUUAAAUGUUUGAAAUCGGUCUUGUAGACAAACAUGUCAUUGUGCCAACAUAUUCAUUUCUUUCAUUAGAAAACUAACAUUUUAUUUACAAGAAAAGAUUCAUUUAAAUGGAUGAGAUAGAAUGAAAUAUUCCCGAAAAGCAUCCGAUAAGAGUCCAGCGUAGGUGGGAACUCCUUUAAUACUGUUUAAAAAGCAUCUCAGGGAAAUUCCUCAAGAAAUCGGUUGAGAAAAUGCCAAGAAUACAUUUCUGGAAACUCCAGGCAAAAAGGGGGUCUACUUUGAAGAAUUUUUUUUAUUUUGGAUUUUUUAUCACAACAUAAUUCCCAUAGUUCCAUUCGUGUUAUUCCAGAGUUUUGAUGACUUUAUUAUUAUUAUUAUUAUUAUUAUUAUUAUUAUUAUUAUUAUAAAAUGUGGGGGGGGUUCAAUUAAAGAAUGAGUGUGUCUAAACUUUUGAUUGUUAGUGUAUAUUUACACAUUAUUGCUUUGAGAAUGUGGUGAAGAGCUUUGUGUAUGAACUUUACAGGAUUGUUCAUCAUUCGAUAAUCAGGGUUUUUUGUUGUCCAGCAUGUUGUGAACACAGUUUAUGUAUAGCAUUUCAUUCACCUUUUUUUUUCUUUUGUAAAUGUAGGAUGUUUGAUCAUCUAUUAUUAUUACAGCAAUCACUUUCAAUGUAUCAAAAAUCACAUUAAAUAAUAUAAAUAUUCUGACUCUA